GAAGAAAGUGAUGAUGAGGACUUCGAAGAAAUUGUUUGGAAAGAAAAUCUUCUGACUCGUGUCUUAUAUGAACUUGAUCAAAAACAGGAAGCCAUUGAAUUAAAUGAAAAAAUUCUUCGAGAGACAAAUAACAAAAAUCUCACAGCAUUGGCCAACUCGGCUUUUCUGAAUUUUUACCAAGAAGAGACGAAAAAAGUCAAUGAAGCAAAGAAAAAGUUACAAGAGCUUCAGAAGAGUGCUAAUUUUAAAGUUGUAAAACUUCAGGCCAUCAUUGAACAAGCUUAUGCCUACCGCAAACUUGGGGGCUGUAGCAACCUACUCUGUGCUAUUCAACUUCUAUCAAGCACAUCAGAUGCUGUCCCUGAACAUGAAAAAGUUAAGUUUAUGCUGGGUCUUUGUUACCGUAGGUGUUCCUCUUCUUUAAUGAUGUACAUAGACGAUGUCUCAAAAGUCAAUAGAAAACAAUUGGCUAAGGAAGCAGCGAAUCGAUUGCAUGAGCUAGGAACUACGGCUAAAGAUAAAUCAAUAAAAGCUGCAGCUAUUGCCGAGUUGGCUUUUUUAAGA